GGUCCCUUUUACUUUCCCUUUCUUUCUCUUCUUAAUAUAAUAACGAGCUCCCUAGUGGAAAAGGAAAAACGCAAACAAAAGCCACCCUUCCGCCCCACCACCACCACCACCACCACUCUCACCACCCCACACUCCACUUUCAGAAAAAAAAAAAAUUUCUGGCAAUUUUUUUUUUCAAAACUAAUUACUACUCAUUUUUAUCCUUAAAAAAAUUUAUUUUAUAUAAUUUUUCUCCUUAUAAAUAUAUAAAUAAACACUUUCCGUUUCACUUGCUCUGUAAAACCCUAAUCAUCAUUCGAUCUCUUUUUUCCCCUUUCUUUCUCUCUUUAUCUCUAUCUAAAAAAUCCAACUUUUUUCCUCCAAUCAUUUCUUUUUCAAAACCCUAAAAUUUGUGGUAAGAUCUGUUGCUAGCUUUACAUUUUUGUUUGAGAUUAAAUUGAGAGGUUUCCGAGAGAUUGUUUAAUUGGAAAAGAGGGGGUUAUUUCGGGUAAGGCUGGCGGAUUUUGGGGUCAAGUAAAUGGCGGAUCCGCCUGGACUCCGCCCCGAUAGGAUUAUUCAUUGUUUCGAGGACUUUUCUUGUUCUGCUGCUGUUGCUAUUCUUAGUGUGGGAUUGGAUUUGAUAGGCUUACAAAGCGGUGACUGUUGCGAACUGUGACAGACAAAGGAAGCCGGAGAAGUUAAAGCAUGCUGAGCGUGCUACGGGUGCACCUCCCUUCUGAUAUACCAAUUGUUGGCUGCGAGCUCACUCCUUACGUGCUCUUACGCCGACCCGACGAGACCGGUACCACCGAUGAUGUGCCCGAGUCCGCCCCUCUUGAUGGUCACUUCUUGAGGUACAAGUGGUAUCGCAUACAAAGUGAUAGAAAAGUUGCUGUCUGUAGUGUACAUCCCUCUGAGCAAGCGACGUUGCAGUGCCUAGGUUGUGUUAAGGCUAAAAUACCCGUUGCUAAAAGUUACCAUUGCUCUCCAAAGUGCUUCUCAGAUGCGUGGCAGCAUCACCGUGUUCUGCAUGACCGUGCUGCAAGUGCUGUAAAUGAAAAUGGAAAUGAGGAGGAAGAGAUAUUUGGCCGUUUCAAUAGCUCAGGGUCUGGAGUUAUUAAUGCUAGUUUAACUGGUUCAGCAUCUAGCACUAGCUUGACCAAUGGUUCAACACCUCUGUAUCCUGCUGCAGUUGCACAAAGGAGUGGUGGUGAAACCUGGUUUGAAGUUGGACACUCUAAAACAUAUACACCAACAGCAGAUGAUAUUGGCCAUGUUCUCAAGUUUGAGUGUGUUGUUGUAGAUGCAGAAACAAAACUACCUGUGGGACAUCCUAAUACUAUUUUGACAUCUCGUGUUAUUCCUGCACCUUCCCCUAGUCCUCGGCGCUUAAUCCCAGUAAGCGGAGCUGAUAUGAUGGGGCAUCUAGAUUUAGAUGGCCGUGUUUCAUCCUCUGGAACUUUUACUGUUCUCUCGUACAACAUUUUGUCUGACACGUAUGCCAGCAGUGAGUUAUACAGUUAUUGCCCUUCAUGGGCUCUUUCUUGGCCAUACCGCAGACAGAAUUUGUUGCGGGAAAUUGUUGGUUAUCGUGCAGACAUUGUUUGUCUUCAAGAGGUGCAAAGUGACCAUUUUGAGGAAUUUUUUUUUCCUGAGCUGGACAAACAUGGGUACCAAGCUUUGUACAAGAGGAAGACAAACGAGGUUUACAGUGGCAAUACCCAUACAAUUGAUGGCUGUGCAACUUUUUUCCGCAGAGAUAGAUUUUCCCAUGUCAAAAAAUACGAGGUUGAAUUUAAUAAGGCUGCUCAAUCCUUGACCGAGGUUGCUGUUCAAACUACUCAGAAGAAAGCUGCUUUAAAUCGAUUGGUUAAGGAUAAUGUUGCACUAAUAGUUGUUUUGGAAGCAAAGUUUAGUAAUCAGGGAGCUGACAAUCCUGGGAAGCGGCAGCUUCUAUGUGUGGCAAACACGCAUGUAAAUGUUCAACAGGAGCUAAAGGAUGUCAAAAUCUGGCAGGUGCAUACUCUCUUAAAGGGAUUGGAGAAAAUAGCUGCUAGUGCUGACAUUCCAAUGUUGGUGUGUGGGGAUUUUAAUUCGGUUCCUGGAAGUGCUUCCCAUUGUCUUCUUGCUAUGGGAAAGGUAGAUCCACUGCAUCCGGAUUUAUUGGUAGAUCCUCUUGCAAUUUUGCGUCCUCAUAGCAAGUUGACACAUCAGUUGCCAUUGGUAAGUGCUUACUCAUCCUUUGCAAGAGGUGUCAGUCUCGGUUUGGAACAACAGAGAAGAAGAAUGGACCCCACAACUAAUGAACCUUUAUUCACGAAUUGCACAAGAGAUUUUAUCGGCACGCUAGAUUACAUAUUUUACACAGCGGACUCUUUAACAGUGGAGUCCUUAUUGGAACUCUUGGAUGAGGAUAGCUUGAGAAAAGACACAGCCCUUCCUUCUCCAGAGUGGUCCUCUGAUCAUAUAGCUCUGUUAGCUGAAUUUCGCUGCAUGCCUAGGCCUAGACGUUGACAAUUUAAGUGAAAAGAGAAACGCAGAUGUUGUUUAGGUCUUGGAGAUGCCCCGAGAAAAUGGCCCAGAGAAGCUGAUGGAUACAGUUAAGUUAUUGUAAGAAUGGUAGAUCAUGCUCCCUGUGUUUUUAAGGUAUCACUUUGAGGGAUGGAUCUUUGCUGUGAUCUGCUUUGUAAUAUGUCACACCUUUUGUUUCAUAGAAAAAUCAUUAUGCCUUUUUUCAAUUUCUCUUCUUUUUUCUAAUAGAAAUUAGUCAGUAUAAUUAGUCAGUUGUCCUUGUACUCUAAAUUCUCUGCAAUGCAAGUGGUUAGUGGCAUUCGAUUC